AGAUAUUGUAAUUAAAUAAAUUAUUAUUUACCAUAAAUGAAUAGCAUCGGAAUAAAGCGUUGUUCUAAAGCAUAUAAUUCUCUAGCUGUCUCCCCAGUGCAGGUUCUUCAGGAUACUCUAACAGCAAUAAAGGACCUAAGACAUUUGAAUGCAUUUAGCUACGACAUCACUAGUGAUGAGGAGGAAGCCCUGGAACUGGCUGCUCAAAGUGAGAAAAGAUAUAAGCAAGGGAAUCCUCUCUCUCCUUUAGAUGGAGUCCCUAUCAGUUUUAAAGAUAAUUUCUUGGUCAAGAACAUGCCAUCUACUGCUGGAAGUAAAAUCUUGAGGGACUUCGUCCCUCCAAUCGAUUCUACUAUGGCUCAGAGAUGUAGAGAAGCUGGAGCAAUUAUUGUGGGCAAGACUAAUAUGGAUGAGUUCGGAAUGGGCAGUUUUACAUUAUAUUCUGAAAAAGUCCCAGUGAACCCCAUCAAUGAAGAUCUUGUUGUAGGAGGCAGUUCAGGAGGAGCAGCUGUUGCGACAGCUACAAACCAAGGAAUGGCUGCUUUCGGGACAGAUACUGGCGGCUCAGUCACAUUUCCAGCAAAUUGAUGCAGCGUAUACGGAUUUAAGCCGUCUUAUGGAAGACUUUCACGCCAUGGAGUGAUUUUGUAUUCUUCAUCAAAUGACUCACCUGGGAUUUUAGCACAAAAUAUUGAUGAUAUUUCCUCUAUCUUUCAAGUAGUCGAUGGGGAGGACAUUAAAGAUUCAAACUCCUUAAGCUUCACAGAGCCAGAGCUUAGAACCUCUUUGAAAGGUGUCCGAGUUGGAAUAGCAGAAGAAUUCAACAUCGAAGAGCUCCCUCAGGAAAGAAUUGAUGAACAGAGAAAGGUCAUAGACAUCUUGCAAGACCAUGGGGCUGAAAUAGUUGAAGUUUCGAUACCUUUGCUUAAGCAAAUAUUGCCGAUUUAUUACACAAUUAUUCCAGCUGAGGCUGCUAGCAACCUCUCUAGGUAUGAUGGACUCAAGUAUGGCCUCCAGCACAGUACCGUUAGUUCGAAGGAUUCCAAGGUUGACUACCAAGAAUAUAUCCAGAGAAUCAGGACAGAAGGGUUUGGAAUUAAUGUUAAGAGAAGAAUCGCUCUUGGAAAUUUCGUUCUUUCCACACAAGAUGUUGAUUUUAAUGAAAUGUAUAUCAAAGCUCAAAAAGUUAGGAGAUUAUUCUGUGAGCAAUAUAAUGAUAUUUUUGAGGGAAUUGAGAGUUCUAAAGGGCUUCAAAAAGGUGUUGAUAUCCUUCUCUCCCCUAAUGCCGUAGGAGAUAUUCCUAAAGUAUCCUCGAUUAGGUCUGGUGAGAUAGAUGCUAUUAUAGGAGAGUACUCCCAAGAUUAUUAUACAGUACCAUCAAAUGUCUGAGGAGCGCCAGCUCUUUGUUUACCGAUGGCGGAUGUUGAUCAUCUAUCACAAUCUGAGAAAAAGCCUGCUGCCAUGUAUAAACUUUGGGGGAAAUAUGGUAUGGACAGGAGUCUUCUCCAAAUUGGCAAGCUCAUUGAUAAAAUUGUGAAAAAUAGCUAAAU